AUGUUUCAUAAUAUUAUUAUUCAUACUCAACGAUGUUAUGGUAUCCUUCUUGUCACCAUCACCCAGUUCUUUGCUCCUUGUAAUAUGAUUAUUACCACAGAUGAAUCGGCAAAAGAUGUUAUUUCACCAAAUUAUAAAUUUAAUAUUCCCGAGAGAACUAUACUAAUAGCAAAUCAUCAGGGGAUGCAAUUCUUUGAUUUUAUUUUUCUGAAAAGAAGCUGGGCAUCUGAUAAAGAUACUUUGAAUAACAAAUUAUCAGAAAUCGCCAAUUCCGAAGAUCCAAUGUGGUUACUUAUAUUUCCAGAAGGAACGUUAGUGACGGAAGAAACGCGAGGAUGGUCUCGAAAGUAUGCGGCUAAAGCCGGACUGGCACUUAAAAAAUCCGUUCAUUAUAUUUAUGACUUAACAAUUGGGUUUGAUGGAAUUACGAAAGGACAAUAUCCCGAUCAUGUAUAUAAUCUCAAAGGGAUUUAUUUUACGGGAAUAUCCCCUAAUAAUGUGCAUAUGCAUAUUCGUCGUUAUGCAAUAGCAGAAAUUCCUGAUGAUAAAGAUAAAUUCACAGAAUGGCUUAGGCAACGGUGGAUAGAAAAAGAUGCAUUGAUGGAAACAUUUUAUGCUAAAGGGCGAUUUCCGACCGCUGAAUCGCCAAAAAUUCUGCCUAUUAGGUUGAGAAGUAUUAAUGAAAUAGCAUAUAUUUGGUAUUUCGUAAUUCCAUUAGUUUGGGUAAUUUGGAACUUUUGGAAUACUAUGAUUGAAAAGUUUAAUAAGUCAGCACUUUACGUUUUGUGA